CGGGGCACGUCGCGGCAGCGGUGGGGGGGGGCUGCGGGCGCUGGGCCCUGUUGUGCGGCAGCCGCUGGGCCCGCACCGGCCCCGCCGCCCCCCGCCAUGGAGGACCCGUCGCGGCUGCUGGCGGCGGCGCACGGCGCCGGGGUACCGCUGCCCGGCGGCAUCCCGCAGCCCCCGCCGCCCGCCGCGGGGGAUCCGGCCGCCGCUCCCCCGCCGGGGCCGCCGCCGCCCGCGCACCACGACACGGGCGAUGUCCUGCAGCAGAUCAUGGCUAUCACCGACCAGAGCCUGGACGAGGCCCAGGCCAGAAAGCAUGCCUUGAACUGCCACAGAAUGAAGCCUGCCCUGUUCAGCGUCCUGUGUGAGAUCAAGGAGAAAACAGUGUUAAGUAUUCGCGGUAUUCAGGAAGAAGAUCCCCCAGAUGCUCAACUAAUGAGACUAGAUAACAUGUUGCUGGCAGAGGGUGUCUCCGGGCCCGAGAAAAGAGGAAGAGGAGGACCGAUGGCUGUAGCAGCAACAUCAGGUGGCUGUCCAAAUGACAAUAGCAUUGAGCACUCUGACUACAGGGCCAAGCUGUCACAGAUCCGACAGAUAUACCACUCUGAGCUAGAGAAAUAUGAACAGGCCUGCAGUGAGUUCACCACCCACGUCAUGAACCUGCUCAGGGAGCAGAGUCGAACGAGGCCGAUCUCACCCAAGGAAAUCGAGCGCAUGGUGAACAUCAUCCAUGGGAAGUUCAGCACCAUCCAGAUGCAGCUGAAGCAGAGCACGUGUGAGGCCGUGAUGAUCCUGCGCUCGCGCUUCCUUGAUGCCAGGCGUAAACGACGGAACUUCAGCAAGCAGGCAACAGAGGUGCUGAAUGAGUAUUUUUAUUCACAUCUAAGUAAUCCUUACCCCAGUGAAGAGGCCAAAGAAGAGCUAGCAAAGAAAGGUGGCAUCACGGUUUCACAGGUUUCCAACUGGUUUGGUAACAAAAGAAUUCGCUACAAGAAAAACAUGGGGAAGUUCCAAGAAGAAGCCAAUAUUUAUGCUGCAAAAACAGCAGUGGAUGCAACUAAUGUCGUGGCUCAAGGCAACCAGGCAAAUUCUCCAUCUACACCAAAUUCAGCUUCCUCUGGCUCUUUUAAGAUGACAAAUUCCAGCGAUUCGUUUAUCAACUUGCAGUCCUUGACCUCCUACCAGAGCUCUCCAGUGGGAGCCAAUGUGCAGUCACAGAUGGAUUCCUUACAUCAUGUCAUACACCAGGCAGGAAGAUACGACACAAUCGUGGGGAAUCCUUUGUAUACGACGCAGCGCAUAGAUGCUAAUGGCAGCUGGCAGGAUGCUACCACCCCUUCAUCCAUCACCUCACCGGCCGGAGACCCUGGAAGCGUUAAUUCCGAUGCGUCUAAUUAAGUUUUUAGGACCUAUCGAUGAGAGGAAAGAGGUCAUUAGUGUCAUUUGUCAGUGUUGCUCUAUUGCCAAUCCUGUUGUUUCAUACAACUCGACACACAGCUGAUUACCUCAGAAAACCCCCUGGAACCAAGAGAAGAUUGUGAUUCCAAUGAUACCUCUCUACCUCUCAGCCUCACGCGGUUCUUUUGUGCCCAUUGGGAUGUGAAAUUGUUCUAAGAGAACUCUGCUUCAUUUUCCUAACCAAAUUUGCUUCGUUUUGUUGGUUUGAAAUACGGAUUUUAUGGCCAGAACCUAAAAGUGUCUCUUCUAAAGUUUUCCAGCUUCAGAAAAAUUGACUUUAUUUUGAUUUCUGUCAAGUUUUUUUUUUUUUUCUAAGACAUUUCUGUCCUAGUCAAUAGCUACUAAUAGUUACACCCCCCCAAACCCCAUAUUGUAAUUGUAUGCGUUCUCUGUAUUGUCAUUUUGUAGAGGAAAAUAAGCUUUUCUUAUCUAGACUUCAUUGGGAGCGAAUUAAUCGGAAUUGCUUUACCAAAACUCGCCCUGGCGUUUGCUCUGGGUCGGACCUUCCAUCCUCCUUCAUUCCACCCCAUCCAAUGUCUCGUGAAACAACCAAAACCCACCAGGAACACACCUGAUAAGCGGUUUUUGUGCAUUCCCGCAGCUGUUAACAAAGAGUCUGCCCCUUUCCCUUGGGAUUUUAUCAAAGAUAAUAAACUUCCAAAGCCUUUUUUUCCCC